GAGCUGGUUGGAGUCCACCUUGGACUAGUCCGUGUAAGAAGUUAGCAUCUUAGGUGAGAUUCUUAACGUCCACUAGACUUGCAGCAUUGCAGGCUGUACUUUAUAUCAGUAGCCAGGUGUGAGCAGUGAUACAGGGCUUGGGAAAUCUCUCUCACCGGCCCAGGGAUCCAAGGCAUUCAGUGCAAAACCUGGCCAGCAGCCCGAGUGAGUAGGAGCCAUGUGACUCUGGUGAGUUGGAGUGUGCAAUUGCCUCCUGCUUCAGAGCUACCUGAUCCGAAUACUAAGCAGAGCGAGUGCCGGGCUGAGUGUAAGACAUUGAAGAUACUGCAGAGAAAGGUGCUUAUUCCAGAGGCAUUACAAAACAUGGAGAUUAAAGACCAGGGAGCCCAAAUGGAGCCGCUGCUGCCUACGAGAAAUGAUGAAGAAGCAGUUGUGGAUAGAGGUGGAACUCGUUCAAUUCUCAAAACACACUUUGAGAAAGAAGAUUUAGAAGGUCAUCGGACACUAUUUAUUGGAGUUCAUGUUCCCCUGGGAGGAAGAAAAAGCCAUCGACGUCACAGGCAUCGUGGUCAUAAACACAGAAAGAGAGACCGAGAGAGAGAUUCAGGAUUAGAGGAUGGAAGGGAGUCACCUUCUUUUGACACUCCAUCACAGCGGGUACAGUUUAUUCUUGGAACUGAGGAUGAUGAUGAGGAACACAUUCCUCACGACCUUUUCACUGAACUGGAUGAGAUUUGCUGGCGUGAAGGUGAGGAUGCUGAGUGGAGAGAAACAGCCAGGUGGUUGAAGUUUGAAGAAGAUGUGGAAGAUGGAGGGGAAAGGUGGAGUAAACCUUAUGUGGCAACUCUUUCAUUGCACAGCUUGUUUGAAUUGAGAAGUUGUAUUCUGAAUGGAACUGUGCUGCUGGACAUGCAUGCCAACACUUUGGAAGAAAUUGCAGAUAUGGUCCUUGACCAACAAGUGAGCUCAGGUCAGCUCAAUGAGGAUGUACGCCACAGAGUCCAUGAGGCAUUGAUGAAACAGCAUCACCACCAGAAUCAGAAAAAGCUUACCAAUAGGAUUCCCAUUGUGCGUUCCUUUGCUGAUAUUGGCAAGAAACAAUCAGAACCAAAUUCCAUGGAUAAAAAUGCAGGUCAGGUUGUUUCUCCUCAGUCUGUUCCAGCCUGUGUUGAAAAUAAAAACGAUGUGAGCAGGGAAAACAGCACUGUUGACUUUAGCAAGGGGCUGGGAGGCCAACAAAAGGGGCAGACUAGUCCAUGUGGGAUGAAACAGAGGCAUGAAAAAGGACCUCCACACCAGCAGGAGAGAGAGGUUGAUCUGCAUUUUAUGAAGAAGAUUCCUCCAGGUGCUGAAGCUUCAAAUGUCUUAGUUGGGGAAUUGGAGUUUUUGGAUCGAACUGUGGUUGCAUUUGUCCGGUUGUCUCCAGCUGUGUUGCUUCAAGGACUGGCUGAGGUCCCAAUCCCAACCAGAUUUUUGUUCAUUCUUCUGGGACCCCUGGGAAAGGGUCAACAGUACCAUGAGAUUGGAAGAUCAAUUGCAACCCUAAUGACAGAUGAGGUAUUUCAUGAUGUUGCUUACAAAGCUAAAGAUCGUAAUGACUUGGUAUCAGGAAUUGAUGAAUUUCUGGAUCAGGUUACUGUUCUCCCUCCUGGAGAAUGGGAUCCAAGCAUUCGAAUAGAACCUCCCAAAAAUGUCCCUUCCCAGGAGAAGAGGAAGAUUCCUGCUGUACCUAAUGGAACAGCAGCUCAUGGGGAAGCUGAGCCCCACGGAGGACAUAGUGGACCUGAACUCCAGCGAACUGGAAGGAUUUUUGGGGGACUUAUUUUAGAUAUCAAAAGAAAAGCUCCAUACUUCUGGAGUGACUUCAGAGAUGCUUUCAGCCUGCAGUGCUUAGCAUCUUUUCUAUUUCUCUACUGCGCCUGUAUGUCUCCUGUCAUCACUUUUGGAGGACUGCUGGGAGAAGCAACUGAAGGUCGAAUAAGUGCAAUCGAAUCUCUCUUUGGAGCAUCCAUGACUGGGAUAGCCUAUUCUCUCUUUGGUGGACAGCCUCUUACCAUAUUAGGCAGUACAGGACCAGUUUUGGUGUUCGAAAAGAUUUUGUUUAAGUUUUGCAAAGAAUAUGGGCUUUCAUACCUAUCUUUAAGAGCUAGUAUUGGACUUUGGACUGCAACCCUGUGUAUCAUACUUGUGGCUACUGAUGCCAGCUCCCUUGUCUGCUAUAUCACCCGGUUUACUGAAGAAGCGUUUGCUUCUCUUAUUUGCAUCAUUUUCAUUUAUGAGGCUCUGGAGAAGCUUUUUGAACUCAGUGAAGCAUAUCCAAUCAACAUGCAUAAUGAUUUGGAACUGCUGACACAAUAUUCGUGUAACUGUGUGGAACCACAUAAUCCUAGCAAUGAUACAUUGAAGGAAUGGAGGGAGUCCAAUAUUUCUGUCUCUAAUAUAAUUUGGGAGAAUCUAACUGUGUCGGAAUGCAAGUCACUGCAUGGAGAGUAUGUUGGACGAGCCUGUGGCCAUGAGCACCCAUAUGUUCCAGAUGUUCUAUUUUGGUCAGUGAUCCUGUUCUUUUCCACAGUUACUCUGUCAGCCACCCUGAAGCAGUUCAAGACUAGUCGCUAUUUUCCAACCAAGGUUCGAUCCAUAGUGAGUGACUUUGCUGUUUUUCUUACAAUUCUGUGUAUGGUUUUAAUUGAUUAUGCCAUUGGGAUCCCGUCUCCAAAACUACAAGUACCAAGUGUUUUCAAGCCCACAAGAGAUGAUCGUGGCUGGUUUGUUACACCUUUAGGCCCAAAUCCAUGGUGGACAGUAAUAGCUGCUAUUAUUCCAGCUUUGCUUUGUACUAUUCUAAUUUUUAUGGACCAACAGAUUACAGCUGUCAUCAUCAACAGAAAAGAACAUAAACUAAAGAAAGGUUGUGGGUACCAUCUGGAUCUGUUAAUGGUGGCUGUCAUGCUUGGUGUGUGCUCCAUCAUGGGCCUGCCGUGGUUUGUGGCUGCCACUGUCCUCUCCAUCACUCAUGUCAACAGCCUAAAACUGGAAUCAGAAUGUUCAGCUCCAGGAGAACAACCCAAAUUUCUUGGCAUUCGGGAACAAAGGGUUACUGGGCUUAUGAUUUUUAUUCUUAUGGGCUCAUCAGUCUUUAUGACCAGUAUUCUGAAGUUUAUUCCUAUGCCAGUGCUGUAUGGAGUGUUUCUUUAUAUGGGUGCUUCAUCUCUAAAAGGAAUUCAGUUCUUUGAUAGAAUAAAGCUCUUCUGGAUGCCUGCAAAACAUCAACCAGAUUUUAUAUAUCUAAGGCAUGUACCACUUCGAAUCCAUCUCUUCACAGUUAUUCAGAUGAGUUGCCUUGGCCUUCUGUGGAUAAUAAAGGUUUCAAGAGCUGCUAUUGUCUUUCCCAUGAUGGUGUUAGCUCUGGUAUUUGUAAGAAAGUUGAUGGACUUUUUGUUUACCAAACGGGAACUCAGCUGGUUGGAUGAUUUAAUGCCUGAGAGUAAGAAAAAGAAACUAGAAGAUGCUGAAAAAGAAGAAGAACAAAGCAUGCUAGCUAUGGAAGAUGAGGGCACAGUACAACUCCCAUUGGAAGGGCACUACAGAGAUGAUCCAUCUGUGAUCAAUAUUUCUGAUGAAAUGUCAAAGACUGCCUUGUGGAGAAACCUUCUGAUUACUGCCGAUAACUCAAAAGAUAAGGAGUCAAGCUUUCCUUCUAAAAGCAUUGAAAGCCGAAAAGAGAAGAAAGCUGACUCAGGGAAAGGUGUUGACAGGGAGACUUGUCUAUGACUUGAUCUUCAAUUUAUUUUUUACAUAUAUAUGAGAAGAGUGCCACGAUUAUUAAUAAAACUGCUUUGAUCAUGUAUUAUAAAUUCUGUCUUUCAUCCCAAAUCCACCUUCAUACUGUAAGUAGUGCAAUAUUUGUUUCAUUUCUGUGUUUAAACUUCUGAACAGUGAGACACCCUCGUGAGCAUAUGCAACAACUAAUGCAAGAAUCUCUGUGUUCCUUGCUGUAUUUUAGACAUUUGUAAACACUAGAUUCUCAUUGUCAGUUUUAUGAGAGCAAUAGCUUUCUUAAAGAGAUAAGUCAUAUUUACCUAGUUUGUAUUUUCCUACUUAGGAACAUGAAGAUACCUGAUAAUUUCAUUCAGAAGAAUUUUGAAAGGUAGACUUACUUCUUUUUAUUUUUUAUAGCUUAGCAUUAGUGACUUAAUUCAAAAGACCCAAAUCAAAAAGUUAGUUUGAAAGCAUUUUUAAAAAUUGUAUUUAUGCAUUUCCUUGAUUUAAUAUGAUACAUUUAAUACUUAAGAAUUUAUAUGAAACUAAAACUUAAAGUCAUUUGAAAAAAUAUAUAUGGAAACCUGUUCACAACUUGUUUAAAAGAAUCAGAUACUAAUGCAAAGAGUCAAGUAGUAUUUGCUUAAAAUUCGAGUUGUGGUUACAUGAUCAAAUACCAGGCUUGUAUGAAAUGCUUUAGAAAAACUUUGUAAGUUUUGUGAGAUUUUCAAUAUAAACCUUUAUCAGAAAUAUGCUGUUAAAUUUAUCUCCAUUGACAACAAGCGUUUUCCAAAUAAACCUAUUAUAUACAUACUCGUGGAAUGCCACAAGAUGAGUCAUUGUACAUGAAAUUCCACCCCUGUACAGCUAUUCCACUGCUAAAGGUCACAUACUGCUUAAUGCUGCUUCUGAGUCAUGUUCUAAUGUUAGACUGACAGGUCUUCAAUUGUCAUUUUUUUCUGCAAAUCUCUUUUCCAUUUUUUAAUUAAAUGCAUGUUGUAGAAAAAUAAUCUUUUAAAUGAAAAUUUCAGAUUCUGUUUGAGCAGCUUCUGUAGAUAUUUCAGUCCAUAUGAAAUAAUCCAUCUUUACUAAGUUUAUACAAGAGGAAGGAAAGUUAAGGAUUUUUGAGCCUUACUAAACGAACAGUAUCUUAUUUCACUUUACAUAAAUGUGGAUUAAUAACGACAAAAAUCUCAUAGUGCUCGUUCCUAAGAAUGACGAAUUGUCAUCAACCUUAUCAACUUCAGUGUCCAAUUUUACAAUAAUUCAGAGCCCUGUGGCUUUUCAAAACUAUUAAUUACAUAUUCUAAGUGUAAGUGCACAUGAAAACUGAAAAAAAAAAUCCUCUUGUAAUUAAGUUUAUGAAGGAAAAACAACAACAACAAAGCCUCCAAUAGGUUCAACAUUUUGAUGCCUUCUGUAAAAUUCCCCUCAUAAUCUUUCAAGGAGCCAUUUCUUUUAUGGAACAUAAGCCUAAAAAAUAUAAGAAGAGUUUGCAGUUAAUAAAGUCUGUUUAUAAAUGCCAAGGGAAAAUAGAAACUUUCCAUUCCAAAUGUAUCACCUUUGUGUAUUUUAUAAUACAGAUACUACAUGUAAACAUUCCCAUUGUUUUAUGAUUUAGACUAGCUGUACGUGCCAGUUAGUCUCAAAGGCAGCCUCCUAAUGUUUCAAUAUAUUAAUAACUUCUGUUUAAAAUGAUCAUAGUGAAUUAACACCUUCACGUGAUCACCUAUUUGAAUGAACACUCAUAUCCGAUAAAAUUCUGUAUUUCUGAGUAUUUUUAUAGUCAUUUUGUUCUUGUGUGAAUUUUAAUGCUAUCCCUAUGUUAAUCCUAAUAUUUUGAAAUCAUAUAAAAUAUAAGAAAAAUGUAGUGUUAUGUAUUUCCUCCUAAUUUCAGAUUCCUGGUCAAAAUUACUGAAUGUAAUUUAUUGCAAAGUUUAAGUAAUGUGUAAAUGUGACUAGGAUAUUGUGUUUUUCACAACUAAGAAAUGUUACGUGGAAAUAAAUAUUUAUCCUAAGUAAUUUCCUUGCACAUUUUAAAUCAU